UAGGCCUAUUAUACCUUGUCAAAUAACACACCCAUUACGUGGUGUUUUAUGAAUACUUGUGAAAGAUUGCCGCUCUGUAAUUGGAAUUUAGCUGAUUGAGUAUAUCGAUUUAUAGUGGGAUAUAUUACUUAUCUGAUAAUGGCGAGCAUGUUGCUGCGGAUCGAAACUGGUACUGUUCUGUUGAUGUUACAUCAGGUAGUGAUGGUGAUAUCUUAUGGAGGAAUUACUGCCUGCUACAGUCCACCUGAUUCCAUUUGCUCAUCGCAUUUUCUAACUAAUUCUUUCGGUUCACAACUUAUUACAAUAGAAAGACUUUAUUACGGACACAAAUCAUCAACCGUCACAAAAGAAAGUUGUGAUUGUAAUAACACAUGCUGUGUUUGGGAUGCAUAUGGGCCUGCAUCGAGUGAAGUACCGUUUAGUAAAGAAGAUAGGUUAUCAGUUUACAGAAACUGUUCUCAUGAAUUUUCAUGUGUCAUCAGGUCUCCAUACAGUCCUAACACUGGUUAUCAUUAUGUAGUGUAUCAGAUUUCAAGUCUUUCGGAUCACAAUACUGACGACAUCAUGAGUAUUACAAAUAUUACAGAUACAGGUUGGCAUUAUCUCUACUUCGCUGGUAAAUCUACACCAACUCGUGGUUUAUCCUGCUCCUGUGAUAUAACUGGCGGCGAGGUAGAUUUGAGAUUUUACAGCUAUUACAUCAAUUUGAAUCGCGAAUCCUGUUCACAUGUAAAAAUUACCGCAGAUAAUAAACCCGUAUACAACUGUACAGAUGAUGGGGUUUAUAUCAGUCACCAUGAUAUAAUUAUCUAUGGUUUGAAAACGGCCAGGAUCGAGUUUAUUGAUAUGACAUCGGACUAUGACGAUGCUAUAUGGAUAGGGUUUUUUCGAAGAGAAGCUGUAAAGUAUUCCUGUGACUGUAGUAAACAAGUGAUGAAUGGUGGUUGGAGUGACUGGUCAUACAGCAGCUGCUCUGUUUCCUGUGGGUCUGGAAUUAGAACACGCUCUAGGGAAUGUAACGCACCUACUCCAGCUAAUGGUGGAACCAAUUGUAUCGGUAGUCGCACUGAAGAGGUAGAUUGUACAGAACAAGAAUGUUCAUUUGAAGGUAGCUGGAGUGACUGGUCAUAUAGUGCCUGCUCGGUUUCAUGUGGUGGGGGUACCAGGACUCGAAUUAGAAAAUGUAACAUUCCCAGUCCUACAAGUGGUAGCCGAAUUUGCUCUGGUGAAACAUCUGAUGAUAUUCCAUGUGGUGAACAAGAUUGUCCAGAAGCUGCUGUAUAUGUUGUACCAUGGGUUUUGUUUGGUGUGUGUUUAUUAAUCAACAUUUUCACUCUCAUAUGGUGUAUAAUAAGAUUGAUGAGAAGAAAGUUGAAACAGAAAAUGUCCGGUCAAGUCUGCAAUACUAGUCGUUUGUCAGAAAUAAAUAGAAACGAAUCGUCGCCAACAGCUAGUAACACACAAUCUGUAUAUUAUGUAAAUACUGUUAUUAAUGAAAACAAUUACGAAUCGUUAUCACCAACUCUAUCUGACGAAUAUGGUGCGUACGCAUCACUGAAAUAAGGAAUUUUGUCAUGGGUUGACAUGGCUAAAACAACAUGACCCCGAUUUCACAUUUUGGAUUGUAUCGGCCAUGUUCAUGUACUUUCUGUCCUUUCCGUGUUCUUUUGACAUGUCUGUGGUAUGUCCAUGUACUAAAAUUAAUUAAAUGUUAUUCAUCACCAUCCGUCAUGAUUUUGGAAUCCAUCCAGAUAUUUUUAUGCUCCACAUUUGCAUCACCUUGUAAACAUCUCGGCAUUGUGGAGCUUUCGAGCUUUGGUGUUCGCAUGUCGAGCUUGGGCGUGAUAUGGAAUUAAAUUAAAUAAUGUUUACUUUUCGGCAUUAAUCGGGCUAAUGAGGACG